AUGAAUGUUCGUAGCACUGGUGUUCAAUUUAUGAGUAACAAUCCAGAAAGAUUCAUCGAAAGUAGUACGAACCAUUUAUGGUCAAGGUAUUUAGCUUACGUGGGCUGAUCCACUUUUUAUACAUACAGUUGUAGAUACAUUAAACUUGACAAUCCACGUUAUAGAAUUUAAGCCAUAUUAGAUAUUGGACACUAUGUUUCAACUGUUCUUUCCAAUGAAGCGCCAAAAUACCUUGUUAAGACAAGUGAAUUGUUUCAAAAUGAGUAUACAGAAGUUCAGGAAAAUUGGCUUGAUGAUCCCGAUAUGAAUGAUGAUGCCAAUGAUGCUCUUGCAAAUCAA